CAUCUUCUUCGGAGACGGGUUUAUCCUCAUGGAUGCUGUUGCUCCCUUGUUCAUUAAGACCGAUAUUAAAGAGCCUGGGCAUUAAUUCUUAAAUUACUGAAGGAAGAGAGGUGAAAAAUAUGUUACUGGUUUAUUGACGAGUGGAAGUUACCCGGAAUACUUAACGGGAGAUGCAUCUAUUGUGGUAAUUCUGUAAUAUCGAACGUAAAUCCGUAACGACAAAAAGUGCUGCGUAUGGACUCAUGGUCUAGUGACCAAAAGUCCACUUACUGUCCAGUGUCAUUGUGUGUCUUCGUAGAAGGAGAAAAGGGAAAAUUCCUGCUCUGAAAUAUUCAUCUUGUUUGUCUUCACUCGCGAGUGCGUGAGUGCUGCUUUUUCGUACAGAAUUAAGUCUGGGGUACAAACUAGAGUUACAAAAUGAUCAUCGUGCCAAUCAUUAUCAUCGUCUUGAUCCUAUUCCUUCGUGCCUUCAACAACGAAAUGGAAAAACAGGCCCAACUCCGUCUCAACGCUACGCUCAGCAACACGAACGCGUCCUUUUUCAUGGCCGAAGGCUUCGACAACGCUUGGAUGGUCGUCCGAACCUUGGACAACAUCACCGCGGGGGAAAACCAAACCAAAGCCGAGCCCUACACUUUCGAACCCGACUGGAGGCUGAUUCUCGGGACUUACGAACACUCCAAGGACGAGAACUUCGAGGAGUUCCUCAUAGCGGCCGGGGUGCCUUACUUCGUCAGGAGCAUGAUCUUGUCCACGAAGCCACUGAUCACCAUCGAGAGAUUCUACGAAGAUGACGAAGACUAUUACGAGGAGAUAGAGGACGACUAUCCAGAUCCUGAUUAUGACGCCGUAGCCUCAGACGCCAACCGCGUUUAUCAGAUCGUCCUGACCAGCUCCACUUUCAUGAUGACGCAUGAGAGCAGAUUCCGCCUGGGUUAUUUCGCCGUCAGGACCGAUUACGAUGGUACUGAUUCGAAGAACUCGAUGAGGCUGAUGGCUCCCAACGUGAUGGUCCAGUUCAAGGAGAAAGGAGAUCUCAGCACGAACAUCAAGCGAGAAUUCAGCGAAGAAGGAAUAUUAGUGACAAUAGUUAACAUCAAGACUGGAAUGGUCGCCAGGAGACACUACACGAGAGUUCACGAGGAUUAAUACUAAGUUGUCAAAUAAUUGUCUUUCUGUUGCUGAGAAUUUUUUUUUUUAAAUAAAAUAAAUUAAAAUUUUUCA